UAUGUGUUUGCUGUGUACUUCAUCAUGCACAACCAGCUGUGUUGGCCAACUAAAGCAAGUUACACAGUUGAGAUGAGUGGACAGGAUGGGCCGGAUUCUAUGUACCAGGGAAUGGGACCCACCCCUGUGGGAGGCGACAUCAGCAAAUCAACUCAAAAUCUCAUCAGUGCCAUGGAAGAGGUUUCAGCAGACUGGGAGCGAACGUCACUGCGGCCUAGCAUUCAGCCCAGCAGUGUGUUUAAGCCCAGUCCUGUGAUGGAGACGUACACCACCGAGGGAGGCUUCAUCAACACCAACCUGGUCACUGCAGAUGAGGAUUCACAGGAGUUUGACGACCUCAUAUUUGCCUUAAAAACAGGGACCGGCCUUAAUGUCAGCGAUAACGAGUCCAUACCAGGAAGCCACGACGGAGGGAGCGUAACCAACUCCCAGAUAGUUGAGCUUCGGCGUAUCCCCAUCGCCGACACACACCUCUAACCUUCAUACCUCACACAGAUCCUACGUCCCUCUGUUUUUCAUAUCACAAAUAAAGAUUACAAGACAGUAUUUUUAUAUUGUAAAAUCCUUUGCACUAAAACAGUUUUUGAAUAGAUGGUUUUCAUAUAGAUGUUUGACACUGUAUGGGAUUUUUACUGUACAUGUGUUCACAAAUACGAAUAAAUGUUUUACUAAAUUUAUUUUUUAAACGCUCUUGUUUCUG